UUUAAGGCUAUAUAAUGAAUAAUCAUGCGCAGUCUAGGAAGACUUUAGACCCGCUAGUUUUAAAUCAUGCAAAAUGCAUAGUUAAUAUUAAGGUUGUACAUCGAUUAACACGACAUUUAUAUUGUAUGUCCUGUUUUAGUAAGGAAAGCAAUACUAGUAAUUUUGAAAUUAUUAUUACGCAUUACAUUGCCAGCGGGACCGUAGAUUUAGGAACCUGCGUAAGUUGCAACGAGCAACGUUUUCAGAAACGACCCAUGAGUUAUUGUAUACAUUGCAAGAGUAUUUAUAGAGAACUUUUGGGACAUGACAACUUAAAUAGGAUUGGUAUGUCAAACACAGAUUUUUUGUAUAACACAUACACGAAAAACUUUGAAUAUAUAAAACCUAAGUCGGAAUAAUAAAAUAAAUAUAAUGGCGGAAGUUAAUUUGGUUAAAUGUGUACGAGUUUAUCGAGUUCUGAAUGAACAAGAUCGGAAAUAUUAUUGCGUAUUUUGUUGGCACAAUCAAAUAUUUUUACCCAGCAUUAAUAUUGAAACUUCGGUUGGCCCUAUGGAAGGAAUAUUCCAGACACUACAUUAUUUUACAAAUUGUUUUAAUACAAUGAUUUUCCGAUGUGCCAUGUGUAACAAUAAAUUAUCCGAUAUUGUUAUGAUAGAUCAAUGUGAAAGAUGUUACUUAAAAUUUAGGAAUUUAAGAACACGAGGCCAAUUACAAGAUUCAGAUUUGUUAACUACUUGUUUCAUUUAUAAUUUGGAAAAUAAUGAGCUAACACACUCAUGCGUGUCAGGUUGAAAGCAUAUGGUAACACCAAACGAAUUAUUGGCAAUAUUUAUUAAGCUGAAUAAUUGUAACAUUGUCCAUAGAACAAUGAAGCCGUUAUCAGGAAUUAUGUUAUUCGUAUUAAUCCCCACAACCUACGGACUCAUUGGAUUCGAUUGUGGAGGUCAGCAUUUAAAUGUAACCACAGUAUCAUUGCUAGGUGUCAGAGACUGUGAACUUAAGCACCAAUCGUUAAUUACAUCUGACACACACAUUCAGUUACUACAACUCGCGGAAUAUAAUUACGUGGAAGUGAUACAGUGCAAAGUUGAAAUAUCGCGAGUGAUACAGUACUGUGGAAUGCAUUCGCAUAUAUCAGCUGUAGCCAAUGCACGACUAGAGUACCUACAGGAAGUUUCCAGAGUCAAGUGCUACCACGCUUUUCAGGAAGGGACCUUCUCCAUAGGACUGGGAGGAAUCGUCACCAAACUGAAGCCUAAUACUACCACCGUUCACAGCAUCCUGCUUGCCGGAACGAUAAACCAUGAUGGAACCUGCAAGGGUACACAAUUCUCCGACCCUUACGGGACUUGGCACAACGUCGUAGUAGAUGGAACUGUACGGAUAUCAUUAAAGUCAUCCUAUGUUCCUGUGCACCUAAAUUCUGGAAAAGUAAUGCUAAGAUCAGGAACUGUCUGCACACUGAGCGACGGUUUUUGCAUCGAUUUUGACGAUGGAUAUUCAUAUUGGAAACCAAUGCCCACAUCGUCUUGUAAUUUCCACCAGUACAACGUACUGUAUGAAGGAACGGCAGUUAAAAUGAAUGGAAUAAUGGAUACCAUUCAUCAGACUAUUUAUACUCUUGUCAGUCAGGAUACAACUUUUGCCUUGACAGCAGGAGGAAGUCAAGCCGUGUGUGGAUACACCCUACUCACCACGGAGCAUCCUAAACUAUUUAUCUUGGAGGCAGAAAAGGGAAACACCUUCGCGGAGCGAAGAGACAUCCCUGUGGAGAACCUCGAUAUUUUCACCUACGUCAACUCUAAAUUCGUGUACGUAGAAAAACAUAUACGACAUCAGAUGACAUCGUUGUAUCGUGACGUUAUUCAACAACGUUGCGAGCUGGAAAAGGAAGUGUUAAAAAACACACUGUCCUUCGCUACUCUUCAGCCAGACGAAUUCGCUUAUCGGCUCAUGAAAGGACCAGGUUACAUGGCCGUCACUGCAGGGGAAGCCGUUCAUGUCAUCAAGUGUAUACCAGUGGACGUCAUCGUACGCCGCACUAAGGAAUGUUAUAUUGAGCUACCGGUUACAGUACGCAACACUUCUCUCUUUAUCACACCAAAAUCACACGUGUUGACCAAGAUGGGAACCAUACGAGAGUGUAGCUACGAAUUGCCAACCCUUUAUCGCAUUGAGGAUACAUGGAUUGAACUUAUUCCGGAGCCACGUGUUCGCAGAACAUCGUUGCAGCAGUUACAACCUAUGACAAGUAUGUCAUGGAAUUAUUUAACGCCGGGACCACUAGCUUCCAGCGGAAUAUAUUCCCAGGCGGAUCUUGACAAAAUCAGGGAUCAUAUAAUGUUCCCUGCUGAAAAGCCAGCGUUACUUAACAGCAUGGCUCGAGGAAUCACUGGACACGUCAUGCCUGACGACACCAUGUCCAUUUACAACUUAUUGGAUGAAGCAUCAUUAAACAAAAUUGCUGAGUCAACUGCUAAACGGAUCUGGGGCGGAUUCAUCACAUUUGGAUCAGCCACAGCUGGAGUUUUUGGAGUAUUAUUAGUAGUACGACUAAUCAAGCUAGCCAUCGACACGAUGAUACAUGGUUAUGCUCUACAUUCAGCCUACGGAUGCAGUCUGUACGUGCUAGGAGCUAUCUGGAGCUCCUUGACUCAUCUGCUACUCUAUUUGGCCAGAGGUACAGCCAAACGCAGCCACACAGAUGGACGAGCAGAUCCCAAGGAACAACGAUCAUCGGAACCUGUGGAAACAGUAUUAUCGCAGUCUUUGUCGCAGAACAACCCUAGCAAUCAGCCAACUUCGCCGCAGGUGACUGACAGUGAAACCAUUGUAUACACAGACUUACAAAAACGUUUGCGUGAAUAUUAGAACCAUUUCCUCGAUUGCAUCGGAAAUGUUCUUAAAUAAGGGGGGGGAUGUGACGUCCUGACGUCCACCUCACACCCAUUUUUAAUUUUUUUU